AUGGCGGCAGGCCCGCCCACCGUCGAGGACCAGGGCCGGCUGCUGGAGGAAGCUCUGGGGGUCGUACGCCAACAAUCUCAGCAGAUGCGCAAAUGCUUAGAAACGCCUGGAAAGCUGAUGGACGCCUUGAAAUGCGGUUCGACGCUGGUUUCGGAACUGCGAACCCCUAGCCUUGGACCAAAACAAUACUACGAACUAUACAUGGCUGUGUUUGAUUCACUCGGUUACCUCUCCGACUACCUUCGCGACUCCCACCCCGUCGACCACCUCGCAGACCUCUAUGAACUUGUGCAGUAUGCAGGCAACAUAAUCCCAAGGUUGUACUUGAUGGUCACUGUGGGGACGGUGUACAUGGCAGUCGAGGAUGCUCCCGUCAAGGAAAUCAUGAAAGACAUGAUGGAGAUGACUCGCGGCGUACAGCAUCCCAUUCGCGGCCUCUUUCUACGGUAUUACUUGAGCGGACAAGCACGGGAUCACCUGCCGACGGGGAAGGAGGACGGACCGCAGGGGAACCUGCAAGACUCGAUCAACUUCAUCCUGACAAAUUUCGUCGAAAUGAACAAGUUAUGGGUUCGCUGGCAACACCAAGGCCAUUCCAGAGAGCGGGAGCAAAGAACUCAAGAGCGUAGAGAGUUGGAACUGCUCGUUGGAAGCAACCUGGUCAGACUCAGCCAACUCGUUGAUUUGGAGACCUACAAAGCCACGAUCGUUGAACCGCUGCUGGAACAAGUCGUCCAAUGUCGCGACGUGUUGGCUCAAGAAUAUCUCCUUGAAGUGAUCACCAAGGUCUUUCCCGAUGAGUAUCACCUUCACACGCUGGACCAACUGCUCUCCUCCAUUGCCAGAUUGAAUCCGCAUGUCGACAUGAAGAAAAUCGUUAUUGGACUAAUGGAUCGUCUGUCGACCUACGCCCAGCGUGAGGCGGAAGGGGCGUCAGCAGAAGACAAACGAAAAGCAGAAGAGGAGGCGGCUAUCCGGAUGCUUGAAAAGGUAGACCUGAACCAAGAUUCGAAGUCUCCAACGGAAGCUGCGCCGGAUACGCCUCACACCAAUGGAUCUGACCCAAAGUCGCCAACGGAUUCACCACCGAGCGAGUCCGAACCGGUCACAGCUGCCACCCCGUCAACCAACGGCGAGAAGUCAACUGGUCGUGUUGGCGAUGUCAAGCUGUUCGAAAUAUUCUACGAUCAAGUGGUCAACCUCGUCAAGACGCGAGGUCUACCGAUUCAAGAUACUAUGGCUCUAUUGACUUCGCUCGCCAACCUCGCUCUCAAUAUUUAUCCAGAGAGACUAGAGUACGCCGAUCAAAUUCUGGCUUACGCUCGCGAGAAAGGUGCAGAGUAUAUGGACUCCGCCGAUCUUCAUUCCGCCGCUACUCAAGCCAACAUGCUCAACCUUCUUCUAUCACCCAUUCGGACGUACUACUCUCUUUUCACAGCCCUGGCUCUGCCGAACUACCUCCCUCUGUAUCAGUCGCAAACGUACGCUACAAGGCGUGCCGUCGCCGGCGAAGUGGCCAAGAAUAUCCUCCGAAAUCGAGUCAAGAUCACAACGACGCAGCAUUUGGAAGGGGUGAUGGCGCUGCUUAAGGUGAUUAUCAAGGAAGGCCUCCAGCAGCCGACUGGAUAUCCUGGAUUGAACCGCCAGAGAGGUGGUGAGUCUGACGAGACCGUUGAGGAGCAAGGCUGGCUCGCACGGAUAGUUCAUUUCAUCCAAGGACCCAACAACGAGACACAGCUCAAACUGCUCCAGCAAACACGCAAAGCCUACGAGGCCGGCAACGAGCGAAUCAAAUACACCACGCCAGCUAUCAUCACUGCUUCGAUGAAACUUGCGCGCAAACUGAAAUCACGGGAGCAUUUUGAGGACGACUGGCAAAACCAGUCUUCGACCCUAUACCGGUUUAUCCAUCAGACACUCUCCCAGCUCUACACGCGAGUGAAUCCUGGGGCAGCCGAGUUAUGUCUCCGUCUGUUCGUCUCGUGCGGCCAAGUUGCCGAUCAAUGCGGGUUUGAGGAGUUUGCGUACGAAUAUUUUGCCCAAGCAUUCACUAUCUACGAGGAUAGCAUCAGCGACUCCAGGGCACAGUUCCAGGCCGUUUGCAUUAUUGCAGGCGCGCUUCAGAUGACUCGAGGCUUUGGCAAGGAGAACUACGACACCUUGAUCACCAAGGCUGCGCUGCAUGGUUCCAAAUUGUUGAAGAAACCUGACCAGUGUCGCGCCGUGUACCUGGCGAGUCACCUGUGGUGGUGCGUUGAAAUCCCAGGCCGGGACGAGGAUCCAAAGAGUCUCUAUCGCGAUGGCAAGCGUGUUCUGGAAUGUCUUCAACGAGCUCUGCGUGUGGCCGAUGCGUGCAUGGACACGGCCGUGUCUGUGGAGCUGUUUGUCGAGAUUUUGAAUAGAUAUGUAUAUUAUUUCGACCAACAAAACGAAACGGUCACGACCAAAUAUCUGAACGGGCUCAUCGAGUUGAUCCAUUCCAACCUGUCCACCACCAACGUGGACGGCAACACCCAGGCAUUGGAGAAUCCGAAGCGCCACUUCUUCAGGACGUUGGAUUAUAUCAGGGCAAGAGAUUACGAAGGUGUGGUCACGGAGGCGAGACAGUGA